UCCCCCCGCUCCGCCGCCGCCAGCGCGGGGGGCGGCUGCGCGCCGGCCCCCCCCACAACCCCCGCCGGCAGACAGGUUUAAGCUGUCUUGAAGGAGAAUUAAAAAUUGCGUCUUGCAAAGAACAAAAUAAGACAGAAGAGAGAAAACAGCACUCAGAACAAUCCUCAGAAAGGUGAUAAUUCACAUACACUCAGAAUCAUCCUAGACACAUGGCUUGGCUGGGACUGGGGCCUCUUGAUGGGUAGCAGGUUUUGACACAUGUGGGCACACAGGAUUAUGAACAGUAAAGACAAUGAAGAGUGGGACAUCCAUCAAAGAGUGACAACCUCUUAUAAGGUGACUCGUGUGACCUCAUGACACUUCUGUAAAAGGCAGAUUCAGCUAGGAUGUUACACCAUCACUGUCGGAGGAACCCUGAGCUACAGGAAGAGUUGCAGAUUCAGGCUGCAGUUGCUGCUGGCGAUGUUCACACCGUGCGCAAGAUGCUGGAGCAAGGAUAUUCUCCAAACGGUCGAGAUGCCAAUGGCUGGACUUUGCUUCAUUUCUCUGCAGCAAGAGGGAAAGAGAGAUGUGUCCGUGUUUUUCUUGAACAUGGAGCUGAUCCCACAGUUAAGGACUUAAUCGGAGGCUUCACUGCCCUGCACUACGCAGCCAUGCACGGCCGGGCCAGGAUCGCGCGCUUGAUGUUGGAGUCGGAAUACAGGAGCGACAUUAUCAAUGCAAAGAGCAACGAUGGUUGGACUCCCCUCCACGUCGCAGCCCACUACGGCAGAGACUCGUUUGUCAGGCUCCUCUUGGAGUUCAAGGCUGAGGUCGAUCCGCUCAGUGAUAAAGGUACCACGCCGCUCCAGCUGGCUAUUAUCAGGGAGAGGUCAAGCUGUGUGAAAAUCCUCCUGGAUCACAACGCCAACAUCGACAUUCAGAAUGGUUUCCUGUUACGCUACGCUGUGAUCAAAAGCAAUCACUCCUACUGCAGAAUGUUCCUUCAGAGAGGGGCGGACACAAACUUGGGUCGUUUGGAAGAUGGGCAGACACCCUUACACUUGUCUGCUCUUAGAGAUGAUGUGCUUUGUGCACAAAUGUUGUAUAAUUACGGAGCAGACACUAACACAAGGAACUAUGAAGGACAGACCCCACUGGCUGUUUCAAUAAGUAUUUCUGGAAGUAGCCGACCCUGUCUGGAUUUCUUACAAGAAGUGACAAGACAGCCCAGAAACUUGCAAGAUCUAUGCCGAAUUAAAAUCCGUCAGUGUAUAGGCCUUCAAAACCUAAAACUACUUGAUGAACUACCCAUUGCCAAGGUCAUGAAAGACUACUUAAAACACAAAUUUGAUGAUAUCUGAUAUCCAUGAAGAGAAGAACUCUGAGCAAGAUUAGUUAUAUUCCAGAUACUGAAGAGGCUUGUUGCCUUGCACAAAGUAUAUCCUAUGCAAAUUCUGAUUUUUCUGUGAAGUCAGAAGGCAGGUAUACACUUCCUUGGGUUUUUUAUACCACACGCUAGAAGGUCUUAAUUUUUGGUUUCUUGGUCCAAGUUUACAAGGUCCAAGCUUUCUAUACAAUAUUACAUUUAAAAAAAAAAAAUGCUGUUGGUUUUUUGUUUGUUUGUUUUCACAUGAAGUGUGCAGACUUGCAGUGGAGAUGGAAGGUAGCCUCUCAAGGGAAGUGCUUGGUUGGGAUUGGCGUGCCGGGCGAUCACUCAAGCAAACGAAGUUGGGAAAUCAAGGCACCAGUCCUGCAAAAGGAUACCCAUAGGAAGACCUCUGGAGCCCUGUUGCCUGUUGGGGCUCUUGUCUCUGCCAGGGUGUAUGUUUUAGCAGGAUAGAGGGAAGAGCUGAUGAUACAUCCUAGGGUACUGUAUGAAUAGAAGUUGGAAAUCAGAGGAAAAAACCACGGUUAUGCUGUUCAAUCCGAGGGUCUAUACAUUGGCUCUUUUUCUGUUGUUAUUUUCCUAAUUAGCAUAGUUGGGAUGCCCAUAAAAUUCAGGCCCUCUUUUUUCCUGACAUUCCCUAUGAAAUGAGUGGCUAUUUGUAAGUCUAUUUUUAACAGUGACAGUACACUACAAAGAGGCAUAGCCUCUCUAUUUUUUACAUUAACUUAAGAGGAAACAAAUUUAGAUUUUUUUUUUUUUUUGAAGCCAAUGUUUUCUGUUUCUCAUACAGUGCCUCCUGUGCAAUAAUCUUUCUGAUAUAUUUUCCCUUCAUGUGUGAUUCCCCCCCACACAUUAUUCCUCAUUUAGUCUCAGUGCAUUAUUUGUGAGAAUAGGAGCUGCUGCCUUACUGUAGUGUUGACAUUACUGAAGGGAUGCAGCAGUUGCUGUUCGUUCUUGCUCCCUGAAUUUCAUGAAUGUAUAACCUGCUUUGUUUCAGUUUCAGUUGAAAUCUGAUCUACGGGUUCUCAGCCAAAUUGUGUCCACUUAAAAACAAGACAAAAAAAAAAAAAAAUUAAAAAAUUGGCCAAGCCUUUUUAUUUUAAAGGCAGUGAUGGACUUUUUUUUUUUUUUUGGUUGGUUGGUUUGGUUUCUCUGAAAUUCAAGUUGGUUUGGGUUAGAGAGUGGGAAGUGCACAGAAGUUCAGAUGCAUUUUAUAUGUGCACCCAGAAAAGCCUCAUUCCUAUUAGAAGUUUAAAUUUUCCAAAUGUUAAGUGGUUUCCAAUGAUUGUGAAAGCAGCAACUGAAAGGAGUACUGAAAUUUGGCUGCUGAGUGUGUUUUUCAAAAGAUGUGUUAAAGAGUUUUGUUUUCUGAUCAAAAAACCCAAAAGUUUAAAAAAAAAAAAAGAUUGGGCCAAAAUGUGCAGUUGUUUCACUCUCUUUAUUUUCAUGGGACUGCUGAGUCAUCAUAAGGUUCUUGCCAGUGUCUUUUACUUCUUUUUACCAUCCUGUUGGCUCCAGAAGAGUCUCUCUAAGAUCAGGAGUACUUUUGUACCAGUUCUACCAGUGGAAGGGAGAAGAUGAAAGGAAGGGUGGUGGCUUUUCAGUUGAACACUGUCACUUUCAAACUAUUUUUUAUUAAUGAUAAGAAAGGUGAAGCAGGAAUUCUCAUAUCACUCCUCUAGUUCCUUUUAGUACUUUCCAACCCUGGAUUGCAGUUCCUUGAGCCUUGUCACUGCUAAUGGAUGCACUGGAACUAUGGCAAGCAAGGAGGAUUCUCUCUCCCUGUUGUUCCUGGCACUGCAUCAGAUUUCCAAACAAUAAAUGAUUUUGGAGAUUGGUGGCUCAGAGGAUUGCUAAUGGAAUGUUGAACCUUUUUAUCUCCACCUUGGCUGGGUUCAAGUCCAACAUGCUUGAGCAGUGACCAAAAGUCUGUGUCUUGGCAACACGAGCGAGCGCACGGUCCAUGGGGUGGUCACCUCCUGGUAGUAGAGCUGUAGUAGUGCUUCCUCCAGGUUGGGUGUUGUGGUGGUGGCCUUGUAACACAAGGGACAACCCAAGAAUCUUGUUGGGGGUGUGUGUGAGCUCCUUGCCCUGGUGGUGGCUGUUGGCUCCUGUUCAAGCAAGAAGCUGAUGGGAGCUUUAGGCUCUGCAGUACUGAGGCAGGGCAGAUGUUCAGAAGUGGCUGGCAGGUUUCAAGCAUGAAUCUUCAGUUUUGUGAAGUGAGAGCAGAACCUUAAAAUUGCUUCCUUUUGGGGCUUUUUGGGUUUUUUUAAAAAUGACUUAGUGUUGUUCACUACAUUUGUAAGUUGGUUUAAACCAAUGUUCUUCCCCACUGAAUUUUUACAGUACUAUUUUCUAAGGUAGAGUCUAUUUUAGUUGCAAUCUAUAUUAAGGCAAAUUAUUUGUUCUGUCUGUUGCUGUGACUGAAGAAAAUUAUGGCAGACUUCGUUGGUAACAAGAAUGCUAUUUAAUGAAGAAAUGUGUAAUUCCGUUAUUUAUUGUUUGAGGUUUGUUUUUUGGUUUCUUUCUUUUAAGUAACUGACAUCUAAAGGGAACACAGAUACAUUUCAGGCCAGUAAAAAAGGCUUUCUUUUAAAUUCAUUUUCAUUCUCUCCUCUUUUCCCUCCUCAAGGUGUGGAGGGAAGCCCUCGCCCUUUCUUUCAGUGCUGAGCCAUCUCUUGUAGCUGGUUCCUCUGGCAUGGAUUCAGCAAAGUUCUGCAGCACACGUGUGUCUGAACCUACUGAUACUUCUGUUCAUUAUCUUAAGGUAUAUGUGUGCUCAAGUGCCAGUAAAAUACCAUUAUUCAUUACUAAACCAGCCCAAAUUUCAGUAAUGGGGAAUCUGGUCUCUCUUUUUUUAAUUGUUAUGUUAAAAAAUGUGCACAAAUACUUUGAAGAACAAACUGAAUUUUGUUUUUCUUUUGGACUAGAAUGUGGAAGGAGAAGUGCAUAAUACAGACUUGUUAUGUAGCCUAGUUCCAUUACCUUAAAUUUCACAGUUGAACACUUUGAAUAAACCUUAAGAAAUUGGCAAGUACACCAAAGAAUCAAGAUGAGUAAAAGACUCUGAUCAUUAACAAACUACAAACCUCAUCCUUUAAAACAAAGCAGAAAGUUUUUGUAAAUAUUUAUGUUUAUAAAUGUACAGCAGA